CUACUUCUAAUAUUAACACUGAAUUUCAAAUCUCUACAACUCAAUUAUAGACUAUAGAGAAACAAAGCAAAAACAAAUGAUGGGUACCUCUGAACCAGAGGAUUGCUCCUUUGUUUGGGACAAGAAUUCUCAGCUCUAUUUCCAUGCCAGUAGUGGAUUUUACCAUGACCCAGUUGCUGGAUGAUACUAUAGUGGUAGAGAUGGGCUUUAUUACAAGUUUGAGAAUGGAAAUUAUGUGCUUAUGGAGUCUGAAAAGAGUGGUGAAGAUGAAAUUGAUCGGAACAAAGAAACUGGUUAUGAUAAUCCCAGUCAAGAUGAAACAUUUAGAUGUGGCAGCAAUGAAAAUUGCCAUGCAUUCCAGGGAGAUGAAUGUGAAGUUUACCAGUGUAUAGAGACUACUCCUGAUGAAAACAGGCUAGGCAACACAGAGUGCUCCAACAGUAGUGAACCUGAAAAUCCACCUCCUCCAUCAGAAUGGUUAGAAGAUACACUUAUUGAGCUUUAUUUGUCUGGUUAUUCCAAGCCAGUAGUUACUGAUUCUGAUCAUGUGAUGAUGCCCUUGGAAACAGAUGAUGCGCUACCCGCUGAAGGGACCGGUGAUGCUUAUGAGCUGGAAGGAGAAUGGUGUCCAGAGAACCAUUGUGAUGUAACUAAUUCAAGUGGAAAUGUCUUAUAUUAAGGUAUGGCCAGUAUGAUGUUGCUAAUAAUCAAGUGCUUGAUGUCCUUUUUCAUUAUAAUAUUAUUAAGAUCAGGUUUAUUGUUAUCUCUAUUAAGUGGCUUGUUCAUCCAAAUAUUAACACCAUCCACAUGUAUACAUGUAAACCUCACCUAUGUUAUCCUCGCAAGUAUCAGCCAUUUGUCUCUCCAAGAACCAAUAACCUGACAUUUGCUUGAACAUCAACCAUUUAAAUCCAUAUAAGAUUGUUUCUAAAGUUUCUCUGUUGAUUGUCAAACCAUCCUAAAUGGAUGUUUAGAUAGUUGAUCUGUACAAUUUUUGGGUCAUUAACCUGUACAAGAAAUUGGUGAUCCAAAAUUUUGACACAUGGAUUAAAACAAGCAUUUGUGGAUAAGGUGUGUCAUGGGAUAAAGAAAACUGGCGAGCACAGUAUGGCCAAGUCAUUAAAUCUGGGGAAGAGCCAAUGCCAGAAUUUGAAGCUGUGGAUUUAUGGGACUGGGAAAAGGUUACAGGGACCAGAAAGGAUGGAAAAGGUGAGGUGGUGAGGCUGGUUGGAAGAUUAGUGAGAAGGUCUGUCAAGCGUCAUCCAUCCAUGCCUUCAGGUGACGGUCUCCUAAAAACUGCCCCAAUAUGUGAAGUACAUCUUGAUCUGGUACGAGUCACGUCAGGUCAAGUUUAUAAGUUGCGGACACCAAAUGCAAGAUACCUGGCUUCAUUGUCAACUUAUGAUUCUUCCAACCCAACAAAAGAUUGGGGAUUCCCUGAAUUAUCAGUAGAUAGUCACUCUCUCCCAUUCUCUAAAUCUAGUGGAAACCAUGUAUCAAAAACUGCAGAUGGAGUAUCCACCAGCAAAGAUUUGUCUACAUUACCAGAUAAUCUUUCCGCAUCUGGACAGAGAAUCCAUGUGUAUAGGGACAGAGCUGCCGAGAGAAGAACCCUGCAUGGGGGUUUUGGAGUGGGCCCUGGACAAAAGAAUUAAAGGUUUGAUGAAGAUGAACAGUCAUCAUCAUAUGCUUCUGCCAAUACAGAAGAAGCUGCAGCAGAGGCCUUGAAUGUGUCGUUUGGAGCUGGUAGUUAUGCCAGAAAAACUUCUGGAAGGCAUGGGCUGGAAGGAGGGGGAGGGACUUGGCAGCACUACAAAGGGGAUGGCGGAACCAAUACAAGCAGUUGGAAAUUUUGGUAACGCUGGAUUGGGGUGGCCUCAGGGAAUAGCAAAGCACCAUUAAGAUAACUGGACAUAUCCAGCAUAUACAAGUGUAGUCCCAAUCGUUAAGGCUAUUACAAGCGUUUAGCUCUUUUUUCUUAGCUCUCUCUCUCUCUCUCUCUCUCUCUCUCUCUCUCGUUUGUAGUGGUCCUUUGCCAAAUCUGCUCAUUGUUCUCAAGUCCUUUUUUAAAUGAUGAAAUCCUACCACAUUUUACGGUGGUGUGGUAGUCUAUUUUA